AUGAUGACUGGGGGUGUUCCAGAUCGUAGUGAGGGUUUCUCGGUGGUCACGAUAACAACACCACCCUCAUGGUGGUGGUGGUUUUCGGCAGCUACAAACGAUCGAAAGCAAGGAAGGCAGAGUACCGACAAGAGUGGUGGUUGUGGAGUUCUGAAUUCACAACAGCAGUCGUGGUGUCGGAGCUCUACAGUAACAGCGACAGUGGGCGGUGAUGUGAGCUUCGCUGCUUCCAUUUCUUGUUCUGACGAGUCUGAUGAGGAUAGAGGGGAACAAAGAUGGGUACGACGGAGGGAAAAAGUAGCGGUGGCGACGAGAUUUUUUUGUGGAGGAAAGAGCCCCAACGAUAGUAGUGGGUGGCGACCUUGUUGCCUUGUUUCUCUUCUGUUGGUAACGAAUGAGAGGGAUAGGAGGCAGUGUGUCGGUGGUGAUAAAAAACAACAGCAACCCAGUGGUGACGGUGAUCUGCUGGUGAAGAAGAAGGGAAAAGGUAGUAACAAACGGAGAAGGAAGGAGGUUUGGGUGUGUUUGGUUGAUAAAAUAGCGGUUGUACAGUGCUCCUUAGCGGUGUUUGGUGACCACCGUACAGCAAUGACAAUGGAGGAGUAA